CCUAUUCCAGGUCUUGAUCGGGUCGGAGAGCAUCAUCUUCGCGAAAGUGUAAAACGUUGCGUUAGUCUUUCUCAGGAUCCUUGUCGUUUCUUGGCAAUCGGUCAACUUGGUUUACUACUUCCCAUCCGGACCCUCAACCCUUUUAAUUAUGGUCUCCUCGUCGUGGUUGUGACAAUCUAUCAUAUGAAUAUGUACAACAGUGUUUAUGCAUGUCUGGGCGGCAAUCUUAUUCCGUUCCUCUUUCUCUUCAUGGAAUAGACAGUGGAGUUUCUAUUCAUCUUCUCGUGCUGCUUUAUCUUUAUCUACUUCUCGUUCCUGUCUAUCUCUCAUCAAGCAUUUGAUUUCAUAAUCCUAAUUCAUUAGACUUCAGUUAUCCCUGAAGAGCAAAUCAGGGUGUUCUCACAAGAAUGACGGUAGAUCGUUGACUCGCGUAAGAUGUCCACUUUCGAACCACCGAAGGUGUUCCGGACCACUCCGGGUGUCUCCAACCAUGCGGCAACUUUCAUGAGGCAGAAAGCCUUUGAAGGUGUGACUCGAAACUGAUGUUCUUUUUAUUUUCUAAUAGUUUGUGUUUGUCUUGGUUUUUUUCACCGUUCCAUCUCCCGCAUUUGUUUUCUUGAUUUUGUCGAAAUUUUGUCCAAGGACGAGAAAAAAAAACUCAAACCAAUCCAUGACAGGUUAUGUGUACUCGGUCAGGGAGCGGGAGAUUAUGCCCAAAGGGAGCGGGAACAUAAACCAUUACGAAAGGUCAGUCGGGAUGGUUGACAGGAUAAGUAAGGAUAGGUUUCUUGCAUGUGCUGCUCCAGCGCACGCGGCGAAAUUAGCGGAGGAACCAACUCUGACACCAAAGCAACAGGAAGAGGUGCCCUUAUUUUUGUCGUCAAGACGGUUCGUUGGUAGUAGCAGCAGGCCCAGACGGCAAAGGUAAAUAGAAAACAAGAACGGCAAAUCCCAAGACCCUGUCCGGGCUGUUUCAGUCCGCUACAAGCACAGUUUUCAAAAUACCCUCACAGGUUUCAAAGCAGAUGAAGGAGCCUCUCUACAAAUUUACCUGGGUCGACGCAUUUAAUGAUCCGAAUUUUAUAGUACCAGGAAACAACAAAACAUCGUACUUCUAAAUCCAUUUUCUCGAAAAUUUUCUCAAAGCAGCGAUAAAAUAGACGUCAAAAACAAAAACAAAAUAUCCCGAACACAAAAAAUAUGCUAGUGCUUCUGAGUAGAAAGUUCCAACACAUCUAAAUUGUCUUUUCUUUUUGUGACUAUAUAGAGCACAUGGACAUGCAUCGCGACCAAAACAGGUAUAAGGCACAGUGGCAGUACAAGACGCCAGAGGAUCUGAAGCCCAAACCAGAUCUCUCCAAAUUCGCCACAAAGCCGCAGUUCUAUCCAAAGAACAUGCUGGAAAUGAACCUGCCAAGGGUGAAACUGUACUACACACAUCAUUUUAAUAUUUACUGAGGACGAGCACAACUCCGACUCCGACGUAAGGAUUCUUUUCAUUUACUUUGAAUAAUAAAUACUUCUUGCUCACCAGCACGCGCAUGUUUCUUUUCCACCAGUUGUUCAAUCUUGUUUUAUCACGACUCAUUCUCCUAAACAAUUACUUAGGUACGGCAUUGAUCCGGUCCAUUACGAGAACCCGAUUAAAUUCGAGCUGAAAAACGACUACGGAGCGGGACGAAGCCCCAGGCGGCAGGGCACCAGGGCGUCGGCGAAGUGGCAUAGUGAAGAGUCAUGGAACGAUCCCUUUGUGCGGAGCACUUACAAAAUUACCGGCAAACCGAUCCCUAAAGAGCAGCGCAGCAAUAAUUUGCCGCCUCUUUAGUAGAAUCACUGAUCGUGUGUGUGGUAGAAAGAGUUAACUAGAAUAUGAUUGUUUUGCGAGGUGAAGGUGAUCCUUAUGAUCCCCCACACUGGUUUAUUAUCUCACCUUCCUAGUUUGUUUAUUGACAUUGCUUCAGUUACUUAAAGACGCUCCGUUAAAGUAGAAGUUCAAGACACUGACACUGUUGUCACACAGUCGCAUCAAAUUUUUCGAUUUAGCAGUUACGAAUCAUGGGUCUCCCGAAUUCGCACGAGGACCAUGAUAAUUCCAAAAAAUUAAAUGUGAGCGCUUCGCGUCAAGUAUUCCAUCAUCAUUAGUAGUUUUUAUGUAUAAGGUGUUGACCCAAGAACACCAUCAUGAGAUCAUAGACCACUUGUUGAGACGAGUGCUUCAAGAACUACAGACGUUAACCCUAAUAAAUAUGAUAAUUGCCCAUAUGAAGAGGUUGCUAGUGUUUUCGAUUCAAACGCAAUCUACUAUGCUUGUACGCCUAUGAUUUGGGUAAAAUGUACAACACCACAAGAUUUCAGAGUAAAGAAUGUACACAUCUAUUGAACAACCUUGCUAUCUCGAGUAUUAUUUUAUCUUCAAAAUGAAAUUGAAUUCCUAUGUUGUAUUCCGGAAAUAAAAAACUACGAAUUAUGAAAAUAUGAAUAAGUUAUGCUUCUUUCUCGUUGUUCUUGUUAUUGUCUAUGCGGGCUACAACACUGAUGCGUUUUGCAAAUCUCUUAUGGUGACAUAGCGAAGCACGCGUGUCUAUAUGGAUGCGCGAAGCUGCCUCGCGGGGACAACUAAUCAUGAGCACGACAAGAGACCACAGACGCAACACCGCACCGCAGUGCAGGUAAGGUGUUUUUCGGACUAAAGCCUGGGUCCAGUGCAGUAAGGUGACUUUCGAUUUGUGCUGAUGAUCCCAGUGAGCCAUUCAAGGUUCUUCUCCAAACGGAAUCGGGCUUUCUGUCAACUUUUCGCGUAUUCUUUUCGAACUAUUCUUCAUCCGAU